CCACGGGGGGCACGGGGGCGACCAGGAGAAGUGGAGUACCAUAUCAUAAAUGAAACUAUAAAAGAGUAUUUCACUGCAUCGGGGAGAACUCAAGCGAAACUGAAUGAAAUCGAAACAGAUAUUGAAGGAUUGACAUCAGAAUCCUGGAACACUCAAAGAAAACUGUAUGGAAUCGAAACAGAUAUUGAAGUAUUGAAAUCAGUAAUGCAACAAAUUCAAGGGCAGCUGAGAAACCCUACAUCGGUCUCGCCAGAAAUCGCAAACUUUAGCACAUGGUAUCGAGCGCGGAACAACUAUUUUUAUAAAGUAUUUGAAGUCAAGGCCACCUACGUUGAGGCAAAGGCAAAUUGUAAGAAAUACGGAGGUCAACUGGCAUCGACGGGAUAUCGAGAUGACAACGUUCGCAGAGAAAUUUUACCCUUGGUCAGAACGGGAGGUCACACUUGGAUUGGUUUGAACGACAUUCAACAUGAAAACACGUUUGUCUGGGAAGAUGGUGUAACGGCAAAAGCAGAUUCUAUACCAUGGCAUGAGGGUGAACCGAACGAUGCCAACGGUAAUGAAGAUUGCGUCGAUAUUGCUUCUGGCUUUGAUUGGAAUUUGAACGACCAAUAUUGUGGCGCGAAACUACAAUAUUUAUGUGAGAUUGCCACAUAAUUUCCACUUUACCACAAGCCAAAGAAUGAUGAUGUCUGGAUCCUAAUAAACUUUAGCUAUAUCUAACCAAGAUCGGUGGAUAUCAAUGUUUGUAGAUUAUCAAAUAAGAGAGCAAUUAUAAAUAAACCUGUGAAAGUUUUCCUUACUUUCUAUCUGAAGAUUUAGUAUUCUGAAACAAAGUUAAAAACGUUCAUUAGGGCAUGUAAUAUAUAUAUAGUGAAGCUGGGGUCUGCGUCGACACCGGAGUUAAAAUUUUAAAUUUUAAGUCGAAGAAGCAAAAUUUUCAAUGAAUAGAUUUCAAGUUAAAUUUCGAACAAUAUUUCCAAACUAUACGAAGCUUGGCAUUAGAGACUGAAUCAAAAUUUUGCACUUUGAAAAAGUGAAAAUUAGGACACAACGCUCAAAGUUAAGAAAAUAUCUUACCUGUAACCAGAAAUGUCGAUUUUCGUGGGGUAAAAAUUUGUAACUUCUUCGAGCGUAAGA